AUUAACAUUGGUAUCUAUUAAUGUGUUAGGUACUAAUUCGGAUGGCAACACCUGUUUCGAAGUGCUAACCAUUACAGACCCGCACAAGGCGUGGGAGAUUCCCGUGGGAAAGAGGGUCGUGAUGAAGUAUAAUCUAGGCUGGCAACCAGUAGGAUUUAGCGCCAAUAAAUUUAAACGAUAGACUGGGAAGCUAAUAUGGAGUGGGACCUAUGUGCAUUUACGGGACGACUGAGCGCAUAUACCGGCUCCUACGACGGAGCAUAUAUGGGAAGCCCUGAUGGUGGAAUUUUACAUUCCACAAGCUGCGAUUUAGAAAAAGUAAAACGGGAUAUGUUCCGGGAUAUGGGCGUAAAUUAAGCUCAAGAAUUGGUGACACAUAGCAAAAAAAGACCUAGGGAUUCGGUGGGGCGAUACUCCUGAGACGGUACGAGCAAGAGUAGGGGAAAAAAAACUCUCCAACUACCACUCCAACGACUUGGAUUCGUUGUUGGAUAAAUGGUGUGACGAGGAGUAUCAGGAGUAUACUGCCCGUAUGAAGCAAUUACGAGCAUUGCAAAAUACUCCUCAUUGCAUGGGGACCAAAAGUUAUGCGAGGUUGUCAUACGAAGAAGUUGUCAAGGAUGUCACUCCUCCUACGCGAGCAAAAUCGUACAUAACAACUCAUGUGAGGAAGUAUGAAAGCUAUCCAAAUGACAUAGCAAAUGAGAGAUGUGAGAUGAUGGUAGCUAAUGCCAACCGACCCUUCCGAAUCGUCAAGCGUGACAAAGUACUCUCUUGUGCGAUCGAGAGAGUACUCGAGGGUGAGUGGGCACGACACAAGGCACAAAUGGAUGAGGUGUUGGAGAGAGCACUUGAGGGUGAGCGGGCUCACAAGGCACAAAUGGAUGAGGUCUUGGCGGCACAGUCUGAGAUUAUGUCCUGCUUUAGCCAAAUAGAGUUAAUGUGGCGCCAGUCAGAAUUCUUAGCCGUAGUCUCUAAUAAUAACGCAGUGCCAAACAAAAAUUUUCAUACUUCAUAUGAAUGUGAUAUCUUUUGUUGAUAGCGGAUCAAGUAAUGAUUAAUAACUUUUUUUUCUUGGUAUGAUGACGUUUGUUUAAAUUCACACCUUGCUCAAUGCUUAGGACUUGAUAUGAUUCUAUCAUAUUGUUUGUUAAUUGUGUUUGUUUUAUCAUUCGCAGCUGGUACGGAAAAUGUUGUACAGUUACCCGGUCAUGAAAAUAUUAUUGACAACUGAUAUUGGGUGACAUUUAGGGUUAUUUUAGUUGGUGAAUACUUCUUGCAUUUUUUGUUCAUGUUUUGUAAUCUGUAUAAUUUGUUAUGAAUCUAUGACAUAGAUUGAUUGUAU